UUUUUUGAAUCAUUCCAUAGCGUAGAAUGUACACUUUUUAAAACAGCUAACCAAUCAUUCUUUAAGUGGCCAUAUGCUAUAUUAACUUAUUUCUUCUCCCUUAAGGUACAGUCUCUACAAAGACAAUAUUUAACAAGAAUGAAAAGAAAGCAGUUGAGGGCGACACGAACCAUACAACCGAAUUUAGUUCGGACGGAAAAUUUCUGGAAGAUAUGCUGUCAUUUCAGAAUAUUACCAAGAAAGCAGAAAACAACUCUGUUCCUGUAAACCUCGAGGUAGAAUCAACUGACAGCAAUCCGCAAAAGAUAUCAAACAGGGGUGUUUUUACCUGGAACGGUUCGUUAGUGCGAGAUGUUAUAGAGAAGACCGAGAGCAGAAAAUCCGUAUUGGAUUUGAAGAACAUGGGGGAUAUUCACGAAGCGGCAAGGGGAGGGCUCGCUGGCGACGUGCUUAGAUCGCUCGAAGAUGGCGAAGACCCCUCUGCUUCUACCAUCAGCAAUAACACUCCACUCCAUUAUGCAGCCUAUGAAGGACACACCGAUGUUUUAAGAAUAUUGCUGGAUAAAAAAUCUGACCCAAACUGCGCAAAUGAUUCUGGUGACACCCCACUACAUCUUGCUGCAAUAAAUGGAAAGACUGAUGUUGUGAAAAUAUUUUCUGAAGCGGAAGGUGUUCCUUUAAAUCAACCAAGUGCAACGAAUCAAACACUUCUUGCAUACGCAAGAUAUGGAACGGAAAAGCCAAUGUUGGAUGUUCUUAGAAACCCUGAGACUGUUUCGCCUGAAGGUAACACACCGCUCCACUGUGCAUCACUGGCGGGCCAUACGGAAGUUGUUAAGUUGCUGCUGAUGAAAAAAGCAGACGUUAAAAGUGAAACGCCUACUCAUCACACGCCUUUGCAUUAUGCUGCUCUCAGAGGGAAUGCCAUUCUGGUCAAACUAUUGGUCUCUUAUGGAGCCGAUCCUAAUGCUAAAGACGAACGAAAUAACACACCUCUUCAUUAUGCCGCUCUUUGCGGACACACUUUGGUUGUCGAGCUGCUGGUGGAUGAUAGAGCAGACAUAAACAUUCGAACAGACAUGGGACUCUCAGUCCUUCACAAGGCUUCAUUCUACGGAAGGCUAUCCACUGUCCAGAAACUUGUUGAACUACAAGAUACUCUUGUCUACACACGUGACAAGGAAAAUUUGAGUGCAAAGGACACUGCUCUCAUCCGCGGUCAUGUUCACACAGCCUGGUGGCUCAACAAGAAUGCAGUUGAAACUUCUUUACAAGAUCAGAAACACUUAACGGUAAAUCACUUGCCUUCCAAGGAAAUAUGGCUUAUAAUACAAUGA